CAAAUAUCAAAAACAGCGGUGCCAACACUCGACCGACGCACCAGCACCCACACGCACCAAGCCCCUCUCCCCUUCCAGCGCGCCUCACCUGGCGCAGCAUUUGGACCGUCGGCCCGCCCUCGCCUCUCUCGCCGGCAGGGGAAGCCUGGCAGGCUGCGGUGGGGGGAGCUGUGGCAGCCAAACCGGCGGCCGCGGAACCAUCUGCGACGAGACGAGAUGCCGCGGGAGGAAGUGGAUGUGGGAGGGAGGAUGCCCGAUGAGGGGAGGGGGGAUGAGGGGAGGGGGCGGGCUGACGGGCACAGGUCGUGCAGCGGCAGGAGCGGCAGAAGCCGGAGAUGGCCGAACAGGUUGUGGCAUGGCCGGAGGCGGCAUGAUGGGGGUCUCCUGCGGAAUGAGGUCACUGUCUUGGUCCUCCAGGUCUUCCGCCUCAGCCCUCCCACGCAUCCUCAUGGCUGAAACGGUCUGCCGGAGCCUGCUGAUGGUCUCUUCGGACUCAAUCCUGGCGAGCAAGCAAGGGCGGUAUGAAAAAUCGGUGUGUUCUUACUGGCUGACUAACCGACUGACCUUUCGACCUCCAGCGAAGUGCGUGCGUCCCGGAGUUGGCUGCGCGUCUCCUGCAGGGUGUCACGAACCGCCUGCAGCUCCCGCUCGUGCGCCCCCUGCAGCUCCUCCACGUCACCAUGGAACGCCGCCUGAAACGGACAUGCAGAGAGCAAAAGGAAAGACGAAUAAUACACAUCCGUGAGCGGAUUGAUGUGUCCCAUCCACCCACGCACCUGCAUCUCGUUGAGCUCCUCGUCUUGCUCAGCCAGACGGUUCUGCAGGCGGGCGAUGCUUGCCCUCAUGGCCAGCCUCACCACAGCCUGCAGGCCGCUCCACGCACCCUGCAGCUGGCGCCGCUGCGGGGCCUGCAGGCUGCUGGCCAGGCGGAGGGGGGCCGUCUCGUCCUUGGCGAGUCGCAGCUCGUUGGCAAGACGCAUGGUGGCUGUGGUGGCGCCCCGAUGGGCCGUCUGCAGCCGCUCCAACUCCUGCGUCUUGGCCGCCAGCGCCUUGCCGAGCUCGCCCUUCUCCUGCACCAGCCGGCUGAAGCACCCAUCACACAGAAAAGCAUAGCAGCAUACAAGUCAUGUGCUCAAGAUGUGGUAGGUACCUACCGGAUUGCGUCGUCGCGCUGGUUGACGUCGUCCGACAGCUCUCUGCGCCGCCGACUGGCGAGGUCGAGUCGACUCUCCAGCUCCCUGUCAGUUGACACAAAGCCAACAAGACAAAGAGCACAUCCAUCCAUCCAUCCAUGGACGAUGCAGCUGUGUCGUUUCGUCGUUCGUUAUCACUCACUCGCACUGGGCCUUGUGCUCGUGCAGCUCCGCCUGGUGCCGCCGUGUGGCCUGCUCCAUGGCGGCGUUGAGGUCGCGGUGAGCCUCCUCCAGCCCCCUGAAGUUACAGAGUCAAGCAAAAGGCAAGGAAAGGAUGACGCCACGUCAGCUUGCGUGAAUGCAUCGUUGUGGAGCUUACCAGAGCUCGUAUUUGACCUCCAUGAGCUCCUUGUGGUGCUCUCGGCGGGCUGUCGUCAGCUCACUGCGGACGGCCUCGAGCUCCCUGACGAAAUACACAGUGAUGAAGAUGAAGCGCACACUGUUAAUUUUAAUGUGUCUGCGCUGCCUACCGCUGCAGUGCGCUCUCGUCUUAGAGCCUGGCGAGCUCGUCUUUCAACUUGUUGAGCUCGGACCUGCAACACAACACACCACAGCAAGAGAUGGAUGACUCCGUUUCGACCAAAUGGGACAGGGGGAGACUGCUCGUGGGUGGACGAUUCUCUCACGUACUCACUGACACCAGGAGAGAACACACAACACACAAAGAAGGACACAAAUGACAUUUCUCUCUGUUUUCGUAUCCAAUUGGCUUACUGCAAUGUGGCGCACAGCUGGCUGUCAGCCUCUUGGUCCUCGUGCUCGUGCUCGUAGGCCACCAGAAGCCGCCGCAGCUCCUCGACUCGGCUCUCGCACACAGCCGUCUUGCCCCUCGCCCUCCGCAGCUCGCCCCUCGCCCUCCGCAGCUCCUUGCGCAGCCUCGAGUUGGCGACUCGCAGGUGCUGCCGGGCUUCGUACUCCCCCCAGUCGUACGAAGCCCAGUCAUCCUCCUCAUCGUCGCCCUCGUCGGGCCGCUGCCACUCGUCGGAGCCCUCAUGCUGCCCGCCUCCCUCCCGGCUGCUUGUCCCACCAUCCGUCCUGCUGCUGCCCGUCAUCACCGGGUGUGAGGGGAGGGAUGGGGGAGGGGCGGGAGCGUCGUACGACGCCCCAGCAGACGGUGGCGAUGACGGGUGGGGCGCCGAUGCAGUGGCGCCGUCUGCCGUGGGAGCGGCUGGGGCGCCAGGUGAGAGUGCGGCAGGGGGUGCGGGUGCCUCGUGGUGGGUCUGGGCCGCAUGCUGGGCAACAAUGUGCCUGAGCAUCUGCCACCCCUCGUCAGUCAGGCCCGCCAUCUGCUGCAUGAGCCGUGUUGUGGGCGGAUGGGUGUAGACGGCCUCCGCUGCUGGGUGGUGCGUUGGGGAGGGGAGGGAGAGGGGAAGGGGCGAGGCGUCAGAGGCGGAUGAGGGUGCGAUGGCGGCAAGAGGGGUCGAGUCAUCAUGCGAGGGUCCAGGAUGGGACGGCAUGAUGCCCAGAAACUGACAUUCAUCGACAGGAACACACGAGAGGUGAUUCCACUGUCUGAAAUGAAAGAGUUCUGCCUAUUGUGUUCCGUUGCGCACCUCCCGGUCUUCGUCUUGCUCGUCGGGACCGAUUGCUCGCACGGGCGCUGGCGCUGGGUGCUGAUCUCCACUGCGGCUGUGCUGCAUCAUGUCCUGGGCGGCGUCUGGCUGAUCCGGGCUCGCAUUGUUGUCACUGUCAUGGCGUCGAAAGCGGCUGGACGGCUCAGCGUGCUUCUUCAUCG